AUGCCUCGUUCAUCGUCCAACUCUAAUGCCCCGGCUACAACUCGAAAGAGGUCUGACGCCUCUGAUGAAGGUGAGGAAGGGGUCGGAAAGAAAAGGUCAAGAGGUCGGCCACGCCUUGACACCAAGGACGAAACGGCUGCUGAUCGUCGCCGCACGCAAAUUCGUCUGGCUCAGCGAGCAUACCGCAAUCGCAAGGACACAGCUAUCGACACACUUAAACAGAGAGUCAAGGAGCUCGAGAAAGUCAAUGAAGACAUGGGCAAUGAGUUCAUGAGCUUAUCUCAAUUUGUACUCGGGCAGGGUGUAUUCCAGGGGUCUCCCGAGAUCGCUCAGCGCUUAAAUGAAGCCACUCGCAAGUUCAUAUCUCUUCAGCGGCAGGCCGCUGAGGAAGCUUCUGCUAAUACCGAUACGGAUGCCGGUGGCGGUGCCUCUGCCGAUGAUGGUACUGUCAAUCCUGCGGAUAAGCACUCGCAGUUGGCAAUUCAUCAGCAACCUGGCUCGAAGAAGAGCUCUAGUUCGUCCACAUCAUCGAAUGACGUCCUCUCGACCCCCAAUACGGACUGGAGCACUGAGGACAAGACACGCUCAGGUGUGCCGAUCCCCUUCCAACACUACAACCACUCGUCUCAGUAUCCAGUCAAUCCUGUCACCAAUCACAGCAUGAGAGACUCGAGCUUUCCCAUCGGGGACAGUCAGGUUCAGGUUCCACUCUUCACCGACCCUUUUUCUCAGUCGCCUUUUAUUCCUCCUCCGAUGCCCUCUUCAUAUGGGGCACAUGAACAGACUUUUGGCCGUCGUCUUCAGAGGACAAUCUUGGAGGCGGGUCUUAGACUGGCCUCAAUGGACAACCCGCCGCCAGACCGCUACAUGGCGGUGUUCAGUUUUUGUCUGUAUUUUGAAAGCGGACGAGAAAUUGUCAGCCGCUUGUCUUCGACUCUAGAAGCUACAGCACAGGAGACUUUGAACCACUGGAAGUUUCCGUUUACGAAUCUUGGUGGGUCGGGCCUCUACUUUUCUGACAGUCAGGGAAAUGGGAUCAUGCCAGGCAAUAUGCCUGCGGGCGGCGAGUUACCAAUUGGGAAUCAUGGUCUUCCAGAGCCCUACAAGCCUUCCGAAAUGACGGGCUUCUCUAUGGGCCCAUUUAGCCGAGAAAUCGAACUCGCGAAGGAUUAUCGCGUUGACCAUCGAUUGCGGAUGAUGGAACCAGGCUUUGAAGGGGAAUUCUAUGAUGCAGACGAGGUGGAAACAUAUCUGCGUCAUCGUGGCAUCGUUAUCCCUGCGAACAAAGACUUCGUUGACGCUGAAAUUGAACUCCACGUAUUCGAUGAAGACCCGCCACCGACGCCUUGGCCCUUUGGUCUUGGGAAAGAGGGCUUCUUUAAGCAGCCGCCACCACCACCAACGCAGAAUCCGGGGACCCUAUCUCUUUCUCCCGACUUCGCUAAUGCCCCGGGUAAUUUGUGGCCAGGAACACAACCACCCACCACAAUCCCGGUCGAAGCCCCAGUCAUGAUGGGCGAUCCUCACGCAAUGCCAGCUAUGGACCCGCAUCUCGCGCCCCUGGUUCCUGACUUGUCGAACAGGACUUCAGCAACCCAGUUCAACCCAACUCUAGCAUCUUUCGAGGAGGCUCCUGAAGCCCCUUGGCGGGAUUGGGGAGCGGAUACAACAUGGACAAGGACCAAAGUGACGAUCGACGUGAACCAGCUUGUAACCAAAAUGACCAACUAUGCCGUAUGCUUGGGCCGCAGCCCUGGUGUCCGGCCUCGGGAUGUACACAAGGCAGUCAGACAGUCCAUUAUCUUGCAACAUGGAGUAAAGUGA